GAGGAACACUUCUCAUUUCAGCUCUCAGCUCUCUGCACUGGUGGCCGAGCUCCACAGCAGCCUGUAAGUCAGGGAGCUGCCCUCGCUAGAGCUGCAGAUUGGCUGAGGGGAAGUCACCAGGAGACCUGAGAAAAUGGGGAACUCUCUGCUGAGGAAAAACAGAUGCUGGGACUGCUACAUUGCUGAAGGUUGUCUCUGCCUUCCGUGGAAAAAAACACACGGUUUAGAGGCAAAGCCGGAUUCCGAUAAGGAGAAUACAGAAAUGUCAUCUGCUCCCAUCCAGCAGGAUAAUGCUGACCAGAGCUCCUUAGAAGAUCUCUCCUACACCCUCAUCAAUCACAGCGUCCUCGGAAGAAGGUCAUCAGGGAUCUCUGGGGCAUACUAUGAGAACAUUUCCCCCAACACCAAGAGACCCAGGGAGUUCUUGAGAAGAACCGAGACGUCGUAUGCACUUCUCCAUGUGCCUUCCUCCCCAAGGCAUUUGCCCUCCCCAGAAAAUGAAUAUGAACUUCUCACUCCUGCACUGACCAGACUCUGGAUGGAGCAGGAGUCCAUGCAGAGCCCACAUCUAAAAAAGACAAAACGUGAACCUCAUCCUCAGAAGACAUAAACACGUGUAAAGGAAAGCAAAUAUAUUUACUCAAACCCCACUGGUGUAUGCUGACCACUCGUUUCUCUGACUGCCCACAACCCUACAGUUUGUCUUUAUUUUUCAAACCGGGCUGUUUUUUUCCUGCUGUUUCCCACUUGGUCUGUGCAGAGUCUCAAUGCCUAACAAGACCAGCAGCUUCUUUUCUUGUAAUCGGUCUCUCUUGUAAUUGUUUGCAAAGCACAUUAAAAAAAAAAUCUACAGAACUAAGUUAAA